AUCAAUAAUUAGCUGCGCCAAACGUUUGGUAUAGCAGAAAUGGACCCGACCCAAAUGUUUGGCGCAAUGAAAUCCGGUGGAGGAUUCAAUGUUUUGGAGUUCAUACGCCAACCUAUGGUGAUUCUCCGAAUAGUAGCAAUAAUAGCGGCCAUUAUUGUAUUCGGCUCUAUAUCAUCUGGCGGGAAGACAGAAAACCACGUUUGCAUCUUCCACGGUGACUGGAGCGCGUGCAGCUAUGCGAGCGCAAUAGGAAUUUUGGCUUUUCUCGGGGCAAUCGGUCUACUCGUUGUCGAUGGCAUGUUCAACUCAAUUUCAAACGUGAACAAAAGGAGACAAGUGGUGAUUGGAGAGCUCGGUUUCUCAGGUUUAUGGACUUUUCUGUGGUUUGUCAGCUUCUGUCUACUAACCAACAAGUGGACAACUACGGAGGAUAAAUGGUUACACGCGCAUAACGUUCAGGGCUGGCAAGAAAACAACGCUCGCGCAGCAAUCGUUUUCUCUUUAGUCUCUACUGGACUUUGGGCUGGGCUCACAUUUUUCGCUCUACAACGCUUCCGUAUGGGACAAGCUGGACUAGGGGGUGAAGAUGUGGCCGCAGGAGGAACAACAGCGGGUGGAGAUGCCACCGCUGGAGGCUAUCCUGGAAUGCCGGACCAUGGAGCAGAGCAACAGCAAUUCGGUGGUGGUGGCCCUACACAACAAACCAUGGGUGGCAACCAGUACUACACACCGACAUACUAGCACAUGCGCGAAGUAUCGCAAUUCUCCAGAAGCCCCCAUAGUUACUUAUCAGCAUAAAGACCGACUACGUCAUUUCACGUCUCGUCCCAGAAUGCAGGUUAACGAAUAUCUUCCUUGUGUGGAUACAGACAAUUACCAAUCAAUGUUGUCAUUUUAUAUAUCACAUUCCACCUUCAUGCCUAGCAACGCACGGUGAUAUUAGCCAUGGAACAAUCGUUCAUACAUUUUCGUUUCUGUACUCGUUCUUAUCAUUAUUUUUUUCCAAAAGACUUGACAUUCCAGCUUGUUACAUAGCCACAUUCCAUUCUUCGGCCGGAUGGACCGAAUAUGCAUUUAUGACUAUUUUUUCUUGCUUUUCUUUGUCUUUGACUGUUAACCUUUAUCGUGAGCUUCAUAAUUUCCGUCAUCCAUUUCUAGACUGAAGCCAAAUAUAUUGAACCAA